AUGCCUUCGGAAGGACGCUGCUGGGAGACCUUGCAGGCCUUGCGCAGUUCCGACAAAGGCCGCCUGUCCUACAACCGUGACUGGCUGCUCCGAGGCGAGGAUGUUUUAGAAGAAUGUAUGUCUCUGCCCAAGCUCUCUGCUUACUCUGGAUGGGUGGUGGAUCACGUCUUACCUCACAGACAAGAGAACUCACCACCCUCUGAUACAUCAACAUCAUUUGGAUCUACUUCAGCCAAAGACCAACCUUCCUUUGUUCCCGUAUCUCCUAUCAGAAAUCCUGCAUUCUCACCAGCCUCCCCCACAACAUCAGGUGAAACCAAGAGCAAACAUGAAUCCCAAAAUAUGGAAUAUAUGCUACUUCAGUCCUCCCGGGGAGUCAAAGUGGAAGGCUGCAUCCGAAUGUAUGAGUUGGUACAUAGAAUGAAAGGAAUAGAGGGCCUGAGGCAAUGGCAAGAGGAACAGGAGAGAAAGGUUCGAGCCCUCUCUGAGACAGCAUCUGAACAACUGAAGCGGUUUGAUGAACGGAAGGAAUUGAAGCAGCAUAAAGAAUUCCAGGACUUACGGGAAAUCAUGGAGAAGAGUACCAGAGAAGCCCUAGGACACCAGGAGAAGCUAAAAGCUGAGCAUCGACACAGAGCAAAGAUUCUGAACCUGAAACUUCGAGAGGCGGAGCAGCAGCGCCUGAAGCAAGUGGAGCAGGAGCGGAUUCAGAAGGAAGAAGGCCAGAUCCGCCUGCGGAACCUCUAUGUACUGCAGGAGGAGAUGUUGCACCUCAACCAGCAGCUGGACUCCUCCAGCCAUCACAAAGACCUGCUUAAGAUAGACCUGUCUGCCUUCCGAACCCGAGGCAACCAGCUGUGCAGCCUCAUCUCAGGGAUCAUCCGGGCCUCUUCUGAGAAUGACUUGCCUACAGCAGAGGACCAAGCUAUGGCUGAGCGAGCUUUGCAGGAAAUGCGGAAUCUCUUUACGAACCUGCAGCAAGAGGUCACCAGAGCAUAUGAAGACAAACGGAGGCAGGAUGAAGAAGAGGCCCAGGGAAAACAGCAAGAGUCACAGGCGCAGCAGAGGCCAGAGGCCCACAAAGAGUCUACAGCUCUCAGCCAGGACCCAGGAGGGAAACAGAACGAAGGCCUCCAAGUGAAGGUACAAGACAGUACAAUGCAAUGGUACCAGCAACUACAGGAUGCUUCCAGUCAGUGUGUGUUGGCUUUUGAGGGACUGACCAGCAGCAAGGACACUCAGACCAAAAAAAUAAAGAUGGACCUCCAGAAGGCUGCCACCAUCCCAGUGAGCCAAAUCUCCACCAUUGCAGGCUCAAAGCUGAAAGAGAUUUUCGACAAGAUCCACAGUUUGCUCUCUGGAAAACCUGUUCAGUCUGCUGGGCACUCUGUGUCUGUCAUGCUUAACCCACAGGGACUGGACUUUGUCCAGUACAAACUGGCAGAGAAAUUUGUGAAACAAGGAGAGGAGGAGGUGGCCUCUCAUCAUGAAGCAGCAUUCCCCAUUGCGGUUGUGGCAUCCGGUAUUUGGGAGCUUCACCCUAGAGUAGGGGACCUCAUUCUUGCUCAUUUACAUAAAAAAUGUCCUUACUCAGUUCCUUUCUAUCCACCGUUCAAGGAAGGAAUGGCUUUGGAAGACUAUCAGAGAUUGCUUGGCUACCAAGUGAAAGAUUCUAAAGUAGAACAGCAAGACAACUUUCUAAAACGCAUGUCUGGGAUGAUCCGUCUGUAUGCUGCCAUUAUCCAGCUCCAGUGGCCAUAUGGAAGUCGACAAGGGAUUCACCCUCAUGGCUUAAACCAUGGCUGGCGCUGGUUGGCACAGAUCUUAAACAUGGAGCCUCUGUCAGAUGUGACAGCCACGCUACUCUUUGACUUCUUGGAGGUGUGUGGCAAUGCUCUUAUGAAGCAAUACCAGGUUCAGUUCUGGAAGAUGAUACUUCUCAUCAAAGAAGACUAUUUUCCCAGAAUUGAAGCCAUCACAAGCUCAGGACAGAUGGGUUCCUUCAUACGCCUCAAACAGUUCUUGGAGAAAUGUUUGCAGCGCAAGGAGAUUCCUCUCCCCAAGGGCUUCCUGACUUCUUCCUUCUGGCGCUCCUGA